CAUCCUGCAACUGGAUGGUUCAUCACUCACGGAGGAUGGAACAGCAUUCAGGAGGUGUUCUUCCAUCGAGUUCCGCUAAUUUUAUGGCCCUGUCAGGCAGAUCAGCCUUAUAAUGCAAUCCUCAUGAGUAGAAAUCAUCAAGCGGCUUUUGAGCUCAUUUCUGUUCGUACUGGAGACCGCGGGUGCGCUUACCCUACAAAUUCAAAGAUGCCAUCCUUCACUCCCGAGAGUGCCAAAGAGAAGUUCAGAGCAUUGCUCAACUAA